AUCUCGAAUCAACGCGUUUGCCGCCAUGGGGAGGAGACCUGCAAGGUGUUAUCGUCAAAUAAAAAACAAACCUUACCCUAAGUCACGCUUUUGCCGUGGUGUUCCUGAUCCCAAGAUCAGAAUUUAUGAUGUUGGAAUGAAGAGGAAAGGGGUUGAUGAGUUUCCUUUCUGCGUCCAUCUGGUUAGCUGGGAGAAGGAAAAUGUUUCAAGUGAAGCGUUGGAAGCUGCUAGGAUUGCUUGCAACAAAUACAUGGCCAAAUUUGCUGGAAAGGAUGCGUUCCAUUUGAGAGUUAGGGUUCACCCAUUCCAUGUUCUUAGGAUCAACAAAAUGCUUUCAUGUGCUGGAGCUGAUAGGCUUCAGACAGGGAUGAGAGGUGCAUUUGGAAAGCCACAAGGUACAUGUGCUAGAGUUGCCAUCGGUCAGGUGCUUCUUUCUGUCCGUUGCAAGGACAGCAACAGCCAUCAUGCCCAGGAAGCUCUCCGUCGUGCUAAGUUCAAGUUCCCUGGUCGGCAAAAGAUCAUAGUUAGCAGGAAAUGGGGUUUCACGAAGUUUAACCGAACAGACUAUGUGAGGUACAAGUCAGAGAACAGAAUUCUGCCAGAUGGUGUAAAUGCAAAGCUUCUUGGAUGCCAUGGACCACUGGCUAACCGUGAACCCGGGAGAGCUUUCCUGGAGCAUGCAACUGCAUAGGUAGUCUGUUACAAGACACAGGAGGAGUCUGGACCGCAGUAGUUUUGUCAGCCUGGAUGCUUUUGUUUUUUGUUGUUGGAGAAAUUUGAUUUUAUUUAUUAUGCGUCUUGUACUAAACUAAGUCUGUUUUUGUGCGGGCCGUCUUCCAUACAAUGAACUUGUUUUUUCCCCAAAAAAAAUGUUUUGUUCCUUACGUUUCCACUUGUUUGGCCCUUAAUAGCAGAUUGUUAAGCAGGUAGGAUCUCUGCUAUGUGACGGAUUGACGGACAAUCAGACCACUAUUAAAUAUAUAAAAAUUCAUGAUUUCUAAA